GAAACGGGCGGUGCUAGGAAGUGUCCAUUACCACUACGACGCACAAAUGGAGGUGAUACAAAAUGUUCGUUGAAUGAAGAUUAUGUGGGUUCACCCAAAUGGAUUCAUAGUGGUGACAGCGUGGAUUGCACGGAAGCUGAAGUGGAGCAGAGCAUGUUGAAAGGCAGCCAGAGGCAUUGCCACAAUCCGGCAUCAGCAGCAUACAGUCGGAAAGAUAUUCAGGACAGGCAACAACAGAAGCCAUUCCUUGCAACAGGGUUAAAUCAGAAAAGUAUCCGCGCCUAG